AUUUUCCUGUCAAUCGCUAGGGGACCCAGCUUUGUGCGAUGCCUCGUAUCAGCCUGUGUUGUUUUGUGUCUGUGAGCACAGUUGGGCAGCAGUCGUCGCCACUGUGCGUCGCUGAAGAUGUUGCAGCAGCAGCCUCUGACUGGCAACGGGCCCUCCAACGGCCGGGGACUCGGCAUGAGUGGUCAUCCCGGGAUGCAUGCGCUUAACUCGGUUCAUCAUCCUUCCCAGCGUCGGUCUGACGGAGGGGACUCGGGCCUCGAGGGCACAGAAAACGGACAUGAAAACCGCAGAGAUAUUGGUGACAUACUGCAGCAAAUAAUGACCAUCACCGACCAAAGUCUGGACGAGGCACAAGCAAAGAAACAUGCACUCAACUGCCACCGAAUGAAACCUGCAUUAUUCAGCGUCCUUUGCGAGAUCAAGGAAAAAACUGGCCUGUCAAUGAGAAACGCCCAGGAGGACGAGCCUCAGGACCCUCAGCUGGUGCGAUUGGACAACAUGCUGCUGGCAGAGGGUGUGGCGGGGCCGGAAAAGGGUGGCGGGGCUGCUGCCGCUGUAUCUGCUGCCACCAGCUCGGGAGGGAUGUCACCUGACAGCUCGCUCGAGCACUCCGACUACAAAAGCAAGUUGAGCCAGAUUCGCAGUAUCUACCACACUGAGCUGGAGAAGUAUGAGCAGGCAUGCACCGAGUUCACCACCCAUGUGAUGAACCUGCUGAGGGAGCAGUCGCGUACACGGCCCGUGACUCCGCGGGAGAUUGAGCGCAUGGUCGGCAUCAUCCACCGCAAGUUCAGCACGAUCCAGACCCAGCUGAAGCAGAGCACAUGUGAGGCAGUCAUGAUCUUGAGGUCCCGCUUUCUUGAUGCCAGGCGCAAAAGACGCAACUUCAGCAAACAGGCCACAGAGGGCCUGAAUGAGUAUUUCUACUCCCACCUGUCCAACCCUUACCCCAGUGAAGAAGCCAAAGAGGAACUGGCCAAACAGUGUGGAAUCACCGUCUCUCAGGUCUCUAACUGGUUUGGCAACAAGAGAAUCCGCUACAAGAAAAACAUUGGCAAGUUCCAAGAAGAGGCCAACCUUUAUGCCAUGAAGACAGCCUUAGGGGGCCCACAGGGCAACGACUCCCCGCACACUCCCAACUCCACAGGAUCUGGGUCCUUCUCUCUGUCCGGGUCAGCUGACCUGUUCCUCGGGGUUCCACCUGUGAACGGCGAGCAGUCUGCUUACCAAAUGGGAGUGCAGGCUAACGGGAACUGGCAUGGUCGAAACUCGCCCCCGUCCGGCGCCUCGCCCCACAGCGACCACUCGGAAAACUCUGACUGAUGGCCCUGCCCACUGGCACAGAACGACAGCGACGGAAAGAUUGAUGGAAAAGACAGACAGAAUGAUAUCACACUUCCCACGUGGCUGCAGUUGCUUUUGUAUGUGGUUUGAUUAUUUUAAAUGUACAUUGUAUUUUUGUUUUCUUACUGCUCAGCGCGGAUCAUUAUUAUGUUUGAUUGAUUAGCUGAGUGCACGGAUGUGUGUGUGUGUGUGUGGUGUGUGUGUGUGUGUGUGUGUGUGUGUGUGUGUGUGUGUGUGUGUGUGUGUGUGUGUGUGUAUGUGUGUGUGUGUGCAUGCACGUGUGGUUUUAUUAUCCUGGUUGUAGGGUUUGUUUUCCACUACUUUUGACAUGUUACUGAGGUGUGCGUUUGUGGUUGGGAAUGGGAGGGUGGGGACAGCAUUAUCAUUGAUUUUAGCACACUAUAUCAUUAUUAAUAUUAUUGCUGUUUUAUUAUUAGUGCUACAACUAUUUUAAUUUUAACAGCUCAGAAAGAGGAUGCAUUUAGUGAAUGAGAGAACAAUAGAGAAAUAUCCAAAGAUUUUGUGCGUUUGUUUCUCUGUUUUGUUAGUUUUUUUGUUUUCUACCGGGCUCAUGUGUCCCUGUAAAAUGAAUGAGGCGUGUGUGUGAGUCCUUAUCAAUGGUUUGAAUGAGUAUCAACAGUGCUGUCUUUUUUUUCUGUACAGUGAAACACCUGUAUUCUCUCUACCUCUUUUACAAUAAAGACUCUCUGUAUUCACAACUGA